AUGUACUCUAAACGAAAGGAGCUGAGGUCAGUCGGUGAAUGGGCUUUUGUUACCGGCGCAGCCGCCGGUAUUGGUCUGGCCUUCUGCAAGGAACUUGCCAAGGAGGGACUUAAGAUCCUCAUGGUAGAUAUGAAUGGGCCGAAACUAAAGUCUCCCGCCAAAGAAGUGGAGGAGGCAUUUGGUGUGGAAACUCGAACACCGAAACUGGAUCUCUCCAACGUAGAGAACGUCGGUGAAAUCAGGGAUACCAUUAACGCACUCUCAUCAGUGGCCUGCUUCGUCAACAACGCCUUUGACAAUCGAUGUUUUAUGGCAAACCUGGAUUUUAUGCCCUGCAUGCGAGCUGCCCUGCCAAAACUCUCUGAAGCAGCCUACUUACGGAGGCCCUUCCUUAUCACCAUAACUUCCAUCGAUGUUUGCUUAAACCAUCCGAAUGCUAUUUUCACCAGAGUGCCACUCAGCAAUCCCUUUGUGCCGUCAGCAGAUGUCUUUGCGGCUGCAGCCCUAGACAUGCUAGGAGUUGAGGAGAUUAAUUGUGGCUACUUUUUUGAUGCUCUACAGUUCUGGUUCUCUGAUCUUUCUCGGAUGCUUUUCAGGUCUUCUGGAGGUGUCCUACUCGUGACCGCACCGAGCUUGGCGACAACCGUUGCUCUCGUUAUCACGAUAGAAUUCAGUCCUUUCCCCCACAACAUGGGAUGGUUAUGGAGGACUGUUGGUCUUGCAGCGGCAUCUCCCCUGAUAUACAUCACCGCCGUGGUCGUCUCUGCGACCUUAAAAUAUACAGUUGGAAAAUGGCUGUUUUCUAAACGAAAGCAGCUGAGGUCGGCCGGUGAAUGGGCUGUUGUUACCGGUGCGGCUGCCGGCAUUGGUCUGGCCUUCUGCAAGGAACUUGCCAAGGAGGGACUGAAAAUCCUCAUGGUGGAUGUGAAUGGGCCAAAACUAAUGUCUGCCGCCACAGAAGUGGAGGAGGCUUCUGGUGUGGAAACUCGAACCCUGGAACUGGAUCUCUCCAAGAUUGUCGAUGUGAAUGUCCGUGGCUUCACCUGCGCCACGCGAGCUGCCUUGCCGAAGCUCUGUGAGACAGCCCAUCUACGGCGGCCCUUCAUCAUCAACAUGAGUUCCAUCAGUGCUGUGCUGAGAUUCCCUGGGUUUUCUGUCUAUGCUGCCUCCAAGUCCUACGUCAAGACUCUGACCGACUGUCUGCAGGUGGACCUGCGGGGCUCGGGCGUCCGUCUGCAGACCUACAUACCCUGUCUCAUUUCAACUAAGAUGACCAAGGUGCCACCCAGCAGACCCUUUGUGCCCACGGCGGAUAUCUUCGCCGCUGCGGCUCUGGACAUGCUGGGCGUUGAGCAGAAUGGUUGUGGCUACUUUUAUCAUGAUGUGCAGUACCGGAUCUUUCGUUUCUAUCUGCUGAUCUUCGGGGUUCGUGGCAGUGCCCGACAGAAGAAAUCACAGUAUAAGCGGAAGGACUAA